CGUUGGCCUCGAACCCCGCCGCGGCGCUCGGCUGGAGAGGAGGGCAGUGACUUCCGGGGCGCCCGAGGACGGUUCUUCCCGCCCCCACGCUCUGGCGUCCGACGGGCGGGGCCGGAGCGAUGACGAAGUCUGGCCUGGUUGUAAUGCUGGAAGGAACGAUUCUACGGACAGAUGAAGGUGGUGACGGGGCAAAGUCUGCGGCCAACAACCAGUCUACGUUUGCCACGCAUGUGCAUGUGUCAUGUUGAAAGUCCAGUCUUCAGCCCUGCCCUGACUACCAUCUUGAUCGCAAAGUCUAAGAAACGUUGCAUUCAGUCUAAGCCACUGCUGGAUUCUUGGCCACAGAAACUAAUACAUAACAAGAAAGUUGGGGGCUCUGUCUUGUGAACCUAUGGUGGAGAGUGAUACAUAAUGACUAUGAGAUUAGUCUGUGCGGUAAUGGAGAAUACCAACCUGCAUCAAAUGGAGUGUGGGCAAACCAGCAGGCCUCACCUCCCAUACUUCCCUCACAGAUAUCUAAUAAACAUGAUUUUGCUAUGUAUCCCAGACUUGCCUUGAACUUACUACAGACAGCCCUACUGGACUUCAGCCUUCCUGGACACUGCUGUUUCAAGAUCACUGCCCUGCCCAGCUUACAGGUGGGGAGUGUCCCCUGCUUAGAGAGGAGCUUCAGCACCGUUCCCACUGGAGAUGCUCUGGUCCGUCAUGCCAAGGGCCUGAGCCAGGAUACCUUCAAAAUUUGUAAGGAGUACCUGAGGCCUCUGAAGAAGUUCCUGCGAAAGCUGAACCUGCCCAAGGACCUUCCCCAGAAGAAGCGGGUCAAGUUUACAAAGCAGAGCCUGGAGGCCCUGGGGGACCACAUCAACACCUUCCUGCAGCAUUACUGCCGGGCCUGGGAGAUGAAGCACUGGAAAAAGAUGCUCUGGCGAUUUGUCUCCCUCUUCUCAGAACUGGAGUCGAAGCACCUUCGCCGGCUCUAUAAGUACACCAAAGCCAACCAAACAGCCAAGUUCCUGGUCGCGUUCUGUCCCUUGGAUGCACCAGAGAGAUCCUUGCUGGCCAGCCAGGAGGACAGUCUCCCCAGACUCUGCAGCGCCUGGGGCUUGCAUGGAAACAUCAGCGGCAUGAAGGAGAGGCUGUCCAAGAUGCAGGCCCCUGGCCAAGAGGCUGGCAUGCUGGAGGAGCCAAGGUCCUCAAGAGGAGAUUUUUUAAGGAAACUUCCUCAAAAACCAAAGCUGAAGAAAAGGCAGAUUAAAGACAGCCCAGGAACUCCCAAGCGCUACCUAUGAGAGACCCACAGGGAUGGAGCUCUCGGAGCACUUACAUGUAUACUCUGGGGUGGG